CUGUGGAGCUGUCACAGCCGCCAGCCGGUCGCGAGGUCGCGACCAAACCAAAACGAAAAGCGAUGGCACCCAAAACACGUCGUCUGCUUCUGUCAAAUCUUAUUUUGGAGAAAUUUAGCAAAACAGAACAAGGAUUUGGACUGGCAUAUGGACUGAUUCACGACGACCAGUACUUUGUUUUGGGCUUCAUUCUCUCCGAUGAAUCGUCUAACGUGAAAAAUCUUCUACAAUCAGACGGAAACGACCUCUCUUUAACCUCCGACCUGCUCAAAUGUUGGGCCGCAAAUCAAACCACCCUUCCAGGUGGUGUCCACAUUAUUGGCAACGUUUCUAUUCCUAACGAAGAUGCUUUUUUGGUGGAUGUUGUUGAAGCUGCAAUCCCUGACAUAAUAUCUGAGGAGGUUUACCACUGUCCAGAAACGCAGUCGCCGUUGUCUCUCGUCUACAAAGAUGGAACCAUUCGAGCGAGCAUGGUCGACGACUUCAUGCAGAAAGAAGAGCUUGAAUACGAAAUCGUUCCGGUCGAGGAUAUUUUAGAAAAUUUCAUGCUGGUUCACUUGAAGGGUCAGAUUGUCAUCAACGUCGAGAACAGCUCGGAAUCAAUUGUGGAGGAAAUGCAAGAGCAAAUUGCCCGAUCGUUGACAGAGGUUUUCACCUUCAACUUUCAAUCAAAGGUGUUUUUGAACGGCACCGAGGAAAUUUGUGGAGCGGACGGAAGCAAGAAAGUUGACUUUUUACUUUUUCGAGAUGAGAGUGGAAAGAAAAAGAAGGGACGGACAGGAGCAGAAAUGGAAGUGAUCAGUGCUGAGCUUUUGUCAAAACCUGUCAAGACAAAGACCACUGCCGAAGGAAAUGACCUCUCUAAAUGCGCUCCGAUUGUCCAACACAAGAAAGGAGACAUUGAAUUUUUGAGGAUUCCAUUUGUGGUUGAUGGCCUCUGCUACGUCCACAAGGAUACUAAAAUUGGAGAUUUGUAUCCGAUCCUCCAGACUUGCGUCUCUCGGCAGCUUCUUUUGACAAACACUUGUCUCUUGAGCGAGUUGAGGAAAACCGACUCCGCCAGUACCCCUGUUUCCAUGCAUUUUCUUUCUCCUCAAAAUGGACACUUUUUAACGUUGGUCUUGCCUAAGAAGCUUGAUGACUCUGCCCAAGAGUCCAAGCGCCAAAAUCUGCAUGAAGCCUUCAGUCUGGAUAAAGACCGUCCUGUAUUCCGCAAAGGUUGUCAAGUUUUGAUCAAAGAUGAUAUGAAAGAAAAUAGUUUGCUCAUCAACCCUCACGUUGGAUUGUCACCAGGAAUUAAAGAUGCUGAGGUGGCUGUUGUGUACGGUCGAUAUGCGUAUCACCACUACAUGCAGGACAACUUUGAUGACAAUGGUUGGGGUUGCGCCUACCGCUCUCUGCAAACUUUGGUCUCGUGGUUCCGCCUGCAAGGCUACACCGACAAGCCCGUUCCGAGCCACAUAGCCAUCCAGCAGUGCCUGGUCGACAUCGGUGACAAACCGGCAAACUUCGUCGGUUCAAAACAGUGGAUCGGAUCGACUGAAGUCAGUUUCUGCAUGGAGACCCUGUUGGGAGUUACAUGUCGCAUCAUGUCCGUCAGCUCGAGUGAAGAAAUGUGCAGCAGAGUCGAUGAGCUGCUCAGGCACUUUAAGACCCAAGGAACGCCUAUCAUGAUUGGCGGUGGAGUUUUGGCGCACACAAUUCUCGGAGUGGCUUGGAACCCAGAUUCAGACGACCUGCGCUUCCUUAUCCUUGACCCUCACUACACCCAAGGCGAAGACCUGACUGUCAUUCAGACAAAAGGAUGGUGUGGCUGGAAGGGUCCGGAUUUUUGGACGAAGACUGCUUUUUACAAUUUGUGCAUGCCUCAGAGACCUAUUUGCCUGUAGAACAAGAGGAGCUGGCGUGUCAAAUCUCAAUUGGGUUUUAUUCGAAAUGUUUAAUUUAUAUCAUGUAUGAUUUAUAUGAUUAUUUGUUGUGGUAAAAACUGAAUAAAACUUUUAUACACAUGCAAAAUAAAAUUCUUAGCAUUUUUCAA